CUCCAAGUAAACAGUUACCCCUAGGUAACCAACUUCCCAGCUUGGUAUACGAGCAGGCUCCCACAUAUCUCACGACCUCUCUUACAGCCCUUCGGGAUCCCAGGACUCGCAAAAAGAGUAAAAUAAUAAACCAGAACGAAGCGCCAGAAGUCUCCAAAUCUUCGAGCAUGUCCAUCACAAUCGAGAAGAUCCUCGCGGCAACCCCCGCAACCUCGCGGGGCCAGCCUACACAGCUCUCCACCGACCCCAAAGGCGAGAGAAUCGCAUAUGCUUCUGGCAAAUCCAUCUUCCUCCGCUCUAUCGACAAUCCCUCCGAAUGCAAGCAAUAUACCGGCCACACCACCAGCACAACCGUGGCCAAGUUCUCACCCUCGGGCUUCUACGUGGCCUCUGGUGACGCCUCCGGUACCGUCCGCGUCUGGGAUGCCGUCGAGGCCGUCAACACCAAGGGCGAGUACCACAUCAUCUCGGGCCGCAUCAACGACAUUGCCUGGGACGGCGACAGCCAGCGCAUCAUCGCUGUUGGUGACGGCCGCGAGCGCUUCGGACAUUGUAUCACGGCCGAUUCGGGGAACAGCGUCGGAGAGGUCUCGGGACACAGUAAGGUCAUCAAUGCUGUGGCUAUCAGGGGCAUGCGCCCCCUGAGGGCCGCCACAGUCAGUGACGAUAUGGCCAUGUGCUUCUUGCACGGUGCGCCAUUCAAGUUCAACAGCAAGCACAGCGGCAUACACAAGGGCUUUGUGUUCGGGACACAGUUCUCGCCGGAUGGCAACCACUUGGUUACGGUAGGGGCGGAUAAGAAGAUUCAGUUGUACGAUGGCAAGACGGGCGAGCCCAUAAAGACUUUUGGAGAGGGCGAGCACACAGGCAGUAUCUUCGCCGUGAGCUGGAGUAAGGACAGCACCAAGAUCGUCACGUCGAGUGCAGACCAGACGGUCAAGAUUUGGGAUGUUGAGGCUGGAAAGGUCGUCCAGACAUGGAAGAUGGGUGAGGGUGUCAGUGUGCCAGAUCAACAAGUUGGUGUGGUAUGGCCACACGGACGCACUGAUGGUCUGAUUAUCAGUCUCAACCUGAAUGGCGAUCUAACCUACCUGUACGAGGGCAAGUCAGAGCCUGGCAAGGUCGUCCAGGGCCACAACAAGAGCAUCACAGCAAUGAGUGCGGACUCGAGUGGAAAGGGGACCCAGCUCUUGACAGGAAGUUUCGAGGGCAGAGUGCUGAACUGGGAUGUCUCGUCAGGCUUCGGUACGGUAGUUGACGGCCAAUGCCACACUAACCAGGUCAGCCAAAUCGCAUCAAGUUCAGGAAAGGGAUACACUGUGGGAUGGGAUGACACUCUACGGAUUGUUGACGAGUCAGCGAACACAUUUGCUGGGGAAACCCUGACGCUGUCUGGGCAACCAAAGGGAGUCGCGUCGUCAGAGGGCCGCACAUACGUUGCAACUGCAUCGGGCGUCGAGGUCUACGUCAAGGAUUCAUUAGCAAGCAAGCUUGAUAUUUCCGAUGCUCAAGCUACGUCCAUUUCUGCACAUGGCUCGCUGGUUGCCGUCGGUCUCAGCAAUAACGCAGUUCGAGUUUACAAAGUGGACUCGUCGAACAACCUCACUCAAGCUGCCGAGGCCAAGAACAGCACCGCCCAGAUCUCAACAGUAGCCUUCUCGAGGGACGGUUCGCACUUGGCAGCAGGCAAUACCGCCGGGAAAAUUUUCGCCUACAAAACCGUCGAUCUCUCAGUCGCAACCGACAGAUGGUCAGCGCACACCGCCAGGGUCACCAGCAUUUCGUGGAACGAAGCUGGUACGCAUGCUGUCAGUGGUGCUCUGGACACCAAUGUGUUUGUGUGGAGUCUGGCCAAGCCAGGAAGCAGAGUCAAGGCUCUGAAUGCUCACAAGGACGGUGUGAAUGCUGUGGCUUGGCUAGCUGGUGACAAUAUCGCAAGUGCGGGUGGCGACGCGGCAGUGAAGCUCUGGAAGACGUCUGGUCUGCAGUAAGCGGCGGUGUUUGGCGUAUAACAUGCUAGGCAGUUAGCUUUUAUACAAUACAAUACAAUACAAAACAAACGUCCAC